CAUCUGCCAAAGCAAGCACCCGCAAUGGCAGCUGCAAUUCACCCCCUCAACGCGGAGUCGGAUCGACUUCUCUUUGCAUACUGGGUACCCAACGUGUCUGGCGGUCUUGUCAUCAGCAAAAUCCCACAAAACACCAAUUGGGACCUCGAAAGCAACAUUCGAUAUGCCAAAGCAGCUGAAGACGCCGGGUUCGAGUACGGCCUGACGCAGAUGCGGUUCCUCGCGUCCUAUGGCGCCGCCAAACAGCACGAGUCUGUGACCUUCUCCCAGGCUAUCCUCGGCGCCACCAAGAGCAUCAAGAUCAUUGCUGCACUCCUUCCCGGGAUCUGGGACCCGACGGUCGCGGCCAAGCAGAUCGCCAGCAUUGAAAACUACAGCAACGGCCGUGUUGCCGUCAAUGUCGUGAGCGGCUGGUUCAAGGGCGAGUUCACCGCCCUGGGCCAAUGGUGGCUGGAUCAUGCAGAGCGGUACCGCAGGAGUAACGAGUUCAUCCGUGUGCUCAAGGGCAUCUGGACCUCAAACGAUGAGACGGGGUUCUCCUUUUCGGGUGACUUUUACAAGUACAACAACUACAACCUCAGUCCGAAGCCGGUGCAAAGCCCUCAUCCCGAGAUUUUCCAAGGGGGGAACAGCGACGACGCGCGGAACAACGCGGCCGAGGUCAGUGACUGGUACUUUAUGAACGGCAAUGACCUCGACGGCUUCCGCGAGCAGAUUGAGGACGUCAAAGCGCGCGCAGCCAAGACUGGUCACACAGUCCGCUUCGCCGUCAAUGGCUUCGUCAUUGUGCGAGAGACAGAGGAGGAAGCCAUCAGCGUCCUUCAGGCGAUCCAAGGCAAGGCCGACAAGGAGGCUGUGGUGCAGUUCCAGGAAGCUGUCAAGCAGGCUGGCGCGAGCACCUCCAACAAGACUGGCAUGUGGGCGAACAGCAAGUUCGAGGACUUGGUGCAGUACAACGACGGGUUCAAGACCAAGUUGAUUGGCACCAAGGAGCAGGUCGCUGAGCGCAUAGUCCUUCUAAAGAGUCUCGGCAUUGAUCUCGUGUUGACCGCGUUCCUCCACUACGACCAAGAGAUCAAGCAAUUCGGCGACGAGGUCAUACCGCUUGUUAGGCAGUAUGAAAAGGACGGCAGGGGCAGAGAUGUCGACUAUGAGAUUGAGCAAACUGGAGAUGUCUACCGGAAGCGCUAGCUCAACCUCCUUCAGCGAGGUGGUGUCAAGGCCAUAAUGUUAGAUGUGGCAGUAGAAGAAGGGGAGGAUAAACACGACGAUGGUAAGGCCAGACCAAAGAAAUUAGCAUGCUCCCGGAUAAGGCAUUUGAGGAAACUGAUAUAUCAUUAAGUACGAGCAUAAAGUCGCAUAUUCCAGUUCAAUCUUCCGCAUGAUUGGGCAUUUGUGAGUG